GGGUGACGCGCCUCACUGGUCCCGCGGCAGCGGAAUAGUUAACAUCAUGGGGAGUUUCCUGGGCUGAGAAGUUCUACUUUACGCACAGCACCUGUUGUGCCGUCAGUUGGCGGUCUCCAAAAACCCGACCCCGCAGCGCAGCGAUAUUUUAUCUGAGCGACUCGAGACGUCGCCUUCAACAGAACCCGCCUCGGUGCUGCCAGCGGUCCAGACUGUAUCAGGUUGCCGGAGCCGCCGCUUGUCUCCGUGUGUGAGCCGUUCUUGUAAUGCGUAAAGAUCCGCGAGGAUUUACUCAGACGGAGUCAGGAACGCGCCGUGGACGCGCGCUCGAGCCAGAUGCCAAGUCACCACGGAUGACGUGCGUGCGCGAGGACGCGUUUCCCACCGAAUCCAGGAUUAUAUUUACUUAAAACCAAACUUUGUCCAAGUGUUCGCGAGUCCUCAGAACCAACAGGUGCGCACUCGCUUUACGCAGCAGCAGCCGGUUUGGAAGCGCCGGGGAGGAUUUGUCCUGGUUUAAGGAUUUAAAAUCCCACGUUCUACAGAAGAACUAAUGAUUAAGAUUAUGUGGGUUCUACUCUGCGUUUAUCCUCUCCAAAUGUGCCCCGAACAGCACGUGUGCCCCGCAAACGACGCGCGCGUGUGGUGAUACAAAGCGACCCGUCCGCAGCCCUUCGUCAUAGACACCUACAACGCAUCCAAAUGAUCCGUCCGCUAUUUAUCCUGCUCGCAUCGCUUCUCCAACAUUAUGGCUCGGAAGCUGAAUCAAGUCACGUCGGCAAGUUCCACCUGCCAAGCGUAAAGGAGCAGAACGGAGUGCAAGAGUCUCAUCAGGAGAAGGUCAUAACAGUGUCUGGAGACGGAAUGGUCCAGAGUCCAGACUUCCCCCAUACUUAUCCUAGGAAUACUGCGGUAGUCUGGAGACUGGUGGCUCCCAGCAACAUGAGGAUUCAGCUGACGUUUGACGAGAGGUUUGGUCUGGAGGAUCCUGAGGAUGGCAUAUGCAAGUACGACUUCGUGGAGCUGGAGGACGUGGAGGACGUGGCCGUCGUGGGACGCUGGUGCGGGUCACAGUCGGUGCCUGCUGGUCACACUUCCACAGGCAGCCAGGUCCGGAUCCGCUUCGUCUCUGACGAGUACUUCCCCUCGGAGCCGGGAUUCCGCGUCCGUUACUCCCUUCUGCCGGCGAGCCCAUCGGAGCCUGAGGCCCCUGCAGGGCUCCCUGCGUCCCUGCCGGGUAUUGAGGAGCUGUCGGAGGCUGUGGCAGGACUGAGCACCAUGGAGGAGGUCAUGAAGUACCUGGAGCCGGAGCGGUGGCAGCUGGAUAUGGAGGAGCUGUACAAGCCUACGUGGCAUGUGCUGGGGAAGUCCUUCCUUCACAACAAGAAAGCCAGAGGCGCUGAUCUCAACCUGCUGAGGGAGGAGGUCCAGCUGUACAGCUGCACGCCGCGCAACUUCUCCGUGUCGCUGCGCGAGGAGCUGAGGAGGACGGACGCCAUCUUCUGGCCCGGCUGCCUGCUGGUGAAGCGCUGCGGCGGCAACUGCGCCUGCUGCUCCCACCGCUGCUACGACUGCCAGUGCGUCCCCACCAGGGUCACCAAGAAGUACCACGAGGUUCUGCUGCUGAAGCAUCGCAGCGGCGGCCGAGGCCUGCAGAAGUCCAUGACGGAUGUGCCCUUGGAGCACCACGAGGAGUGCUCCUGCGUGUGCAAAGACGACUGGGACUGACCUCAGACACUGGAAUCACUGGGGACGCUACGAAAACGGACCUCUGCGUUCUGAGCGUCGUCCCCUCUGCUUGGAGCUAACAAGAUUCUCCCUUCAUCCUGUUGUCCUCCCCUAAUUGGAUGAAGCAGAACAGACUGGACUCUAAUAAAUCAUCUGGAUGGAUAUGAUGCUGUGGACACAGUUGUAGAGAGGUCUGGACCGGGAGCUACGUGCGCUGAAGACUCUUUCCCUCCGCUCCUCAGAGAUAAGCUGCUCUUGAGGUCUCUUUUAAAGUUCAGCCAGUGUGGGCUGAUGGCGCGAUGGAACACGGGAGCGUCUUUGUUCAAUUCUUUUCUUAUAUCUAAAUGUGAGCUGGCUCCGGCUGCCCUGCUCCCUCUCCUCCUGUAUUAUUACCGCCAAAGAAAAGAAACUCCUCUUGCUUUGCAGCAGAUUUAAUCUGUGGUGAAAUGCAGCAGCGUAUCUCUGAUCCACAUCACUAAAGAGACUGUAUUGUGUGUAGGUUUCAUUUCUUUUCUCUGCUAAUGCAUCUAUUUUACCAAAGAUUCCCCAGGAGGAGACGAGGGACGCACAUGUAGAUCCAGCUUCUUUACGUCUCUGCCUUUGUCCCGUCUCUGCCUGGCCUCAUGCAUUUAUUACUACAUUUUAAAUGUUCAUGCGAGAUAUUUAUUGUUUUAAUGAAUUUGGUCCACGAUGUCCUUUCAUAAUGUUACACUGUGCAGUAGCUGUUAGCCUGCAUGUCCAUCGCUAAUCCAACAUUUUCAUUGUGUCGUGGAUGUUUCUCAUUGUUCUUUAUGCCAAAGUUAUUUAUCUUUACUUUUGCACCAACUGUAUUUUUCUGCAAUGAACAUCAACAAUAAAGUCGUCCGUUUGUAAUUGGA